AUGAGGUCCUCCACCUCCUCACCUUCAACACCCCAAACAGAAUCUACAACACCCACCUCCGACCAACUAAAAGCAGAUAACAUAAUAAUCUCUAGCCUCGCAGGGAAAUACAUAACCCACACACAACCCCCCUCCUCCACCUCCUCCCUCUUACUAUCCGACAUCUCCACCAGUAUCAUCCUCUUCCCGACCACCAGAACCCCACUCUUCUCCAGCGCCGCUGUCAAAAGCGUCACCAACACCCUACUCUUCCUCUCUGGCGCCAUAAACGGACCUAUACAUCUUACUUCACUGAGCAACACAACGGUACUUGUCGCGUGCCAGCAGUUUCGCAUGCACGAUUCUAAAAAUCUUGACGUGUACUUGCUCUGCUCGUCGAGGCCUAUUAUUGAGGAUUGCUCGGGUAUCAGGUUUGCUCCGCUAGAUGUGGACGCUGGAGGAGAAUGGGAGAGUGUCAAGAAUUUGUGGGAUCAGGUGGAUGACUUCAAGUGGCUAAAGAGUGGACAUAGCCCGAAUUGGGAGGUUAUGGGGGAGAAGGAGAGGAUUGGACGGGGGGAGUGGGAGGAUGUUAGGGCGUGGAGGAUUGGGGAUGGGAACGAGGAGAGGGAGGAGGAGGCCGUGAGGGGGGUAUUGGGGAGGUAUGUUAGAGGGGUGGAAUAA